UCUUAAAAUUUAGGUAUUUAAUUGGUUUACCAUUACAAGUUUGGUUCAAUUUUUAUUAUAUGGGGAAAUUGGAUGUUAGCCUUUUAAGAUAUCUUAACCCUGAAGAUAUCAGGGUCCUAACGGCAGUUGAAAUGGGUAUGAAAAAUCACGAAAUUGUACCUGUAAAUUUGAUAUCUGUAAUAGCAAAAUUAAGAUCAGGCGGAUGUCACAAGAUCCUAAAAAAUCUGUGUAAAAAUAAUUUAAUUUGUUAUGAAAAAGAUAAAAAAUCUGAGGGCUAUUAUCUUACUUACAAAGGAUAUGAUUACUUAGCCUUAAAGGUUUUUAUCAAACAAGGUCAGAUAUCUCAUUUUGGAAGUCAAAUAGGCGUUGGAAAAGAAUCUGAUGUUUAUGUCGUUUGUAAUGAUAAUGGUCAACAAAUGGCACUCAAAAUACAUAGAUUAGGUAGAAAUUCUUUCCGAAAGUUGAGAGAGAAAAGAGAUUAUUUAAAACAACGCAACGGUUUUUCUUGGCUUUAUCUUUCAAGGUUAGCUGCAACUAAGGAAUUUGCUUUUCUGAAGGCACUACACAAGAGAGAUUUUCCUGUGCCCACUCCUGUAUCUCAUAACAGGCAUUGCGUUCUCAUGGAACUCAUGAGAGAUCAUGUCCCACUUAAUCAAUUAUGCCCACUUCAAACUAAGGAGUCUUACCAAAUUAUUAAUACUAAUAAUAACUUGCUUCAAUGGCAAUCUCUGUUCGAAAGGCUGAUGAAUCUAUUGAUGAAAUUGGCUGCCUGCGGUCUUAUUCAUUGCGAUUUCAACGAAUUCAACCUCCUUUUCAACCCUUCAGACUUAUCGGACAUUGUCAUGAUCGAUUUUCCUCAAAUAGUGUCUCUCGACCACCCGAACGCCAAAGAGUAUUUUGAAAGAGAUGUUGGAGGUGUCCUCAAUUUUUUUCGUCGUAAACUGGGUUUAACUUUCGAAACCUUCCCGACUUUUCAAGAUGUUAUCACAAUGUCAUCCACCCAAACUGAAUCCCAUCAACAUAACAUUAAAAUAGCAGCGGAAAAAAGUAUCGAACAAGACAUGAAAGAAGAAUCAACAAGUCUUAUGGAUAGGUUUUUGACAGAUUCUUUACUCGCAAAAGCAACAAAUACAUUAUCUGAUAAUGAUUUUGAUUCUGAAAAAGAUCCAUACGAACUUAUUAGAUUAGAGCCUAUACUAGAAAUAGCUUUCGGUCCUGAAGAUAGCUAUGGAAUUUUGGGGGAUGAUGGUGGUAAUGAUAAUAAUAAUAGGUACAUGCGUGUGUUCAAAAAAAGGGAGCGAAUAUUAGUAGAUUUGCCCUCAUGGAAGAGCGAAGAAUACAAUAUAAAUUAUGAUAAAGGAGGUUCAGAUUCAGUUGAUACCGACAUUGCUACCAAAUGCUUAGAGAGUUUAAGGCUUGGAAGGCAAAAAAACCAUGAUAACGAAACUCAAUCGAUUAUUAGUAAUGAGAAUUCGGAAAUUUCUUCUAAAAAUUUAGCCGAUACUACUGUAUCCACCAUUUUGGAAGACAGGGUCGUAAAGGAAAGAAUAAAACGAGAAUGUCGCAAGAAUUGGAAAAACUCUAAGGCCAGUAAAAGCGAAGGUAAUAGUAAAAUAGUGGACCAAGGUAGGAGAGACCAUUUAUUGAUUAUUAAGGAAGAGCGCAACAUGAAUAUGUGCGUCUAAAAUGAACUAUUAUAUGAAUGUUAUACUAAUCAUUUCAUUCAGUUCAAAUAUAGUGAGAACUUGGGAAAUUGUUUAUUAUAAUAUUAUGAUUAUUAUCUAUUAGAUUCAAUUAACC